AUGGCUCGCCCGAAGCGCAAGGCUUCCGAUGCGGAGGCCGUACCAGCGAAGAAGGCGCGUCAACCCGCGGCGGAAGAGUCUAAGACCGCUCCCACUGGAGAAAAGAGAGGCAGAGGGCGUCCUCGUAAGAACCCGGAGGAAAAAGCCACUCCGAAACCUGCACCUACUGGACCGAAGAGAGGUCGAGGACGCCCUCGUAAGGUUCCUACAGCACAAGGAGAAGGAGAAGCUUCCGCGCCUAAAGAACAGAAGAAGAAAGUCCCCGGGAGAGGAAGGGGAAGACCCAGAAAGAAUCCAGAGAAUCCUCCGCAGAACCCCCCUCCACAGAGUCCAGAAGCAAGUGGCAGCCCCGAUGUAGCCGCAGAGAACAGUGUCGACGGAAAUAAGGAAUCCGAGUCGACAGAACCCAAAGGCUCAGGCAGUGGGGAGGAAGAAGAUGAAGAUGGCAACGACGACGAUGACGAUGACGAUAAUGAUCAUGAGAAGCGCAAAUUCUCCUACUGGCUUAUGAAGGCGGAACCUGAGUCGCGCUUUGAAAAGGGCGUUGAUGUCAAGUUCUCCAUUGAUGACUUGAAAGCGGCUAGAGAGCCAGAACCGUGGGAUGGCGUCCGCAAUAACAUGGCACGAAAUAACUUGCGUGCUAUGAAAAAGGGCGACUAUGCUUUCUUUUACCAUUCCAAUUGCAAACUUCCAGGGAUUGCGGGCACUAUGGAGAUCGUUCGGGAACACUCUCCUGACGAGAGUGCCUUCAAUCCUGCUCAUCCGUAUUACGACGAGAAAUCCUCGCGAGAGAACCCUAAAUGGGUAGUUGUUCACGUUGAAUUUCGACGCAAAUUCAAGAAAAUAAUCACGCUUCAUGAGCUCAAGUCCCACGCAACUCCUGGCGGCCCUCUGGAAAACAUGCAAACCUUGAAACAGUCUCGACUCAGUGUCACGGCUGUAUCUCCUAAGGAGUGGGAAUUUAUUAUGAAAUUAGCGGAACCAGAAGAUGGUAGCGACUGA